GGCUUUUCGCGUCACCGUACUUACCCUGGCAUCUCAUGCUUUGCGUGCAACUCUUGAACAAAGCUACGCUGACUUUCCCUCUUGGAUUUGACCCCCAAAUCACAGAUAUUGAGACCCAAAUUCCUGGAUAAAGUGCUAAAGGCUUUGGAGCAGACAUGAGUGGGUCAGAAGACGGCAGACACGGCACAGCGGACGAAGAAUUGCCCGAAGAAAUCGACACAGACAUCACCGACAUAAUCGAGUUGGAUCAAGACGAACUGCAGGUGGGGGGUGAUGACGACAACGGGCAGUUUGACGUCGAAGGAUCGCCGUCAAAAUCACCGGAGAGCGGCCGAGAUCGGGAACAGUCGGACAAAAAAGACGAUGACAAAAAUGACAGACCACGAGAAAAGUCAAAAGAUCAGGACAGGAAUCGUGACCGACACGGUGACCGCAACCGUGAUCGCGACCGUCGGGAUCGCCGAGACGCCGGCCGCAGAGACUCAGGAGGAAGGCGUGACCAGCGAGGCGGGAGGUUCCAUCCCUACGGUGGGAAGGACCGUGACGGUGGGCGGGAUCGAACGAUGGGCCGGGCCGUCUUUGUCAGCAACAUUCCGUUUGAGAUGAAGUGGCAGGAGUUGAAGGACAUCAUGAGGAAAGAGGUUGGUGAGGUCACAUAUACCGAGCUGUUCAAUGAUACAGAUGGAAAGUCAAAGGGUGUUGGGGUUGUAGAAUUCGCGUCGAGGGAUAGCGUCAACCGGUGCAUCGAUAAGAUGAACAAGUUCCAGAUCCGUGGUCGGGGGCUUGUUGUCAAAGUUGACACAGACAGGCGUUACAGUGACAAGUUCCGGCGACAAGCAGACAAGGAGCAGAAGGCUCGCAUCAUGCUCACCCCGCAGGUCCUAUCCCAGCUCAACUUAGAUCCCAGCACCGUCAGCGAUACCAUCUUUGUCUCCAACAUUCCCUGGGACGUGGAGUGGAGGGAACUGAAGGACAUCUUCCGCAUCGCUGGUGAGGUCACUCACUGCGACAUCAUGACCGACGCUCGGGGCAAAUCCAAAGGCAGCGGCACCGUCACGUUUGAGUCCAUCCUAGAAGCAGUCAAUGCCAUCUCAAUGUUUGACAACCAGUCGCUCUACAACAGGAAGCUGAUUGUGAGAAUGGACCAGGCCAAGAUAGACCGAGACAGACCAUCCAAGCCGCCUCUGCCAAGUGGUCUAUCUCGUCUUGGCCCCAGCUUGGAGUCGCUGACCAGUGGCAUGGGAGGCGGGCUUGGCGGAGGCUCCAGGGGUGGAGGCUCCAGGGGUGGCAUGGGUGGGGGCAUGGGGGGAGGUCUGGGUGGGGGGUUAGGCGGUGGUGGCGGGGGCAUGGGCAACAUGGGGAUGGGCAACAUGGGCAGCAUGGGAGGUAUGGACAGUGGCCUGGGCAACUUGGGCAAUUUCGGCAGCAGUCUGGGCGGCGGCUUUGACAGCAACCGGAUGAGUAACCUGGGAGGAGGCGGCGGUGGGCUGGGAGGCAGCUUCGGCAGCACUCUUGGCUCUGGGCUGGGCGGAAAUCUGGGCGGUGGACUGAGCAGCGGGCUUGGCGGUAGCCUGGCCGGCCUAGGAGGUUUCGGCGGAGGGGACCUAUCCCAGAGUACCCUAGGCAUGAGCAGCCUGAGCUCGCUGGGCGGCAUGGGCUCGGACCUGUCCCUGAUGGGCAACAUGGGUGGUGGUGGCGGUGGGGGCAGUGGGGGGCUGGGGAUACUGGGCUCCGGCAUGGGCAUUGGGAAAGAUAACUUCGGGGACAGUAUGAGGGAUGACCGGGAUAGAGACAGGGGGCGUGACCGUGGGGACAGAGACAGGAGGGGUGGGGGACGGGAUAGGGACAGGGACCGAGACAACUUCCGUGGACGUGGCGCAGAGUCAGGAUGUCAAGUCUUUGUAAGGAACUUGCCGUUCAAAUACACAUGGCAGGAUCUGAAGGAUCGCUUCAAGGUGCUUGGCCCGGUCCAAUUUGCUGAGAUCAAGACGCAUCCUGAGACCGGACGGUCCAAAGGAUUUGGCACGGUGCGUUUCCAGAACCCUGACUCCGCCAGUCGAGCAAUCCGUGAGAUGAACGGAUAUCGUCUGGACGGACGCGAAAUUGAAGUCACCCUGGAUUAUGCCUAGAGGUGUCCCACAACCUCGCGGUGGUUGUCUCGUGGUGUUGUCUCUGAUUUGGGAACAGGAAUUUUUGGGGUUCAUCAUUUUUUUGUCAUCUCCAACUUUCUGCAGAGAUCUUUGAGUCCGGCUGUCGUUCUUCUUUAUUCUGUUGCUUUUGUUUGUCUACAACACCGAUAAAUGUUCCCUUCUCGAUGUUAUGAAUUCCAAAGAAUUUAGUCUCUUGUGUGAUACAGUCUUUACCCUUGCCGAAGAAUUGUGAACACGUUUUUUUCCCCCACACUGAAGUUUUGUUCGGGCCAUUUCACUGAGUACAAUUGAUCUGCGUUUGCGUGGCCGGGGGUUGCGUUGAAUCAUGACAGCAUCAUGUUAAGAAAUUGGUCAGGUUCUAUUUUUUUUUUGAUCUUGUGAAACAAAAAAUUCAAAGAGGUUUGACCAUGAAGAGUUUUGGAGUCAACAGUCUCAUGAAGAUAAAUGUUUUGAAACAGUAUUUGUUAAGAGAGAGGUUGGAGAAGAUUCAAUUGGUUGAUUUUGUUUCUCUGUAAAAUCUGCUGGAUUUUUGUUUUUGUCAAUCAAAUCAAGAAUUUGUGACCAAAGUGCUUCAGAUCUGGGUUAAUAAUUUGUCCCAGACUCCUCUGGAAAAACUCUGGCGAGAGUUUAUUCCUGAAGAAUUCAAAACUCUGGUGUGGAUUCAAAACUUUGAUGUGGAAAGCCAGGUCAAAAGUUGAUCUCUGUAUGUCUCCAGAAGUGAAGUGUUUGCCUUUUUAAAAAUUUGUAUUAAAGAUGAAAAAAAAUACUGGACAACAUCUGCUGAUAAUGUGCUGAUCUGCAGAGAAGUUUUUGAGUCUUUGUAGGGGAAAUUGAUGAAUUGUGUGCCGUUCACAUGUACAUUGUAUUGCUAUGUUGCAUGGUUGCCAGUAUUCAAGUGUUAAUGGAAAUUUCGUUGACUUAGUCUUAUCGGUAUCUGAAGCAGACUUGGGAAAUAAUGUUCCUGUUGGUAAAACCAGGUUUUCUGUCGAUUUUCUUUGUACACGAAUUGGUCAUUUGGGUCUGUGAUGCGUUUACAGUUCAAGUAACAACCCUUGUUGAGUUGUUGGAGUUUGACGAUUGUACAUAUAUUAAAAAGACAAAGCACGUUUUUAGUAAGUAGGUUAGGAUUGUGUAAUAUAACAAACUAAUUUUCUUUUCUUUUUUUUAUGUUGGAAACUCUCUCUGUACUGCACCUAGUGUAAGUUUGUGCUGAUUUCAUUCAUGUAGUAGACUUGGAAAGAUUUGGAAUAAGAGAGUUCUUGUGUUAAUGGCCAGAGGAGAGAAAUCUUCGAGGUUUGGCCAAUUUGUUUAGAUUUUUGUGGCUGGUCCUGAAUGUGCGCACACGCGUAUUGUGGACAGAAAAAUCUACACAGGAAUCGGCUUGUGUGGUGUUGUUAUUGCUGUACAUUGCCUUUUAGCAGAAUAAGAGCAGUUUUUGUUUUGUAACAAUGCUUGUUUGCCCAGCAGGAAUGUCCGUGUCCAUUGUAAACGGAACUUUAAAGACAUCGUGUUAUGUUAUUUUGAUUUGUGCAAGACUGACAAUUCGUUGUCUUGGCUUCAACUUAUUCGGCGCAAAAGUCCUUCAGCCAGCCUUCAUGGGAUUGCGCUUCAAACUGCAAGAUUGUUUGGAGAGAACGGAACAUCUUCUAUUUUUUCCUGCCGGAGGGGUUCCUUGCAAGGCUCGGCACUGAUCAUCAACAGCUCUGCAAGUGACUGCUGACGGUCAGGAGGUGGAAAGAUGGCAGACAGUCCAUAGUAUCCUACAGCAGGGUCGAUAUCUCUACCAAGUUUCGUGCCGUUCAGUUCAAGCAAUCAAAGGAUUUAGGAUCAGACUGACUCUGUUGACUGCAAGAGAUGGAAAGAUGGCAGACAUUCUGUAGUGUUCUUCAGUAUAGUCUUUAGCUCCACCAAGUUUCAUCCAGUUCCAUUCGAGUGAUCGAAGGAUUUCAGAACAAGAAUGUUUUGAUGCUGGUGUUCACCACCUAACUUGAUGGCUUAUUAAAAUCAAAGUUGAUGGGUUCAUUUUAACCUCUGUUGCGGUUGUAACUUUGCUGGGUUUUAAAGAUUGUCAUUUUCUUUGAAUUUAAAUGCAAGACAAAUAUUUUGAGCUGUAUUUCGAUGGUCAUCCCUUGUAUAAGAUUAUCAGGCGACUCAUACAACAUGUGCUGGCAAGUUUGGGAAUAGCUUCUCAAAUGGAAGUACAAAUGUAACGUCAGCUUUGCUUCAUUUUCCUGGCAUCUGCAAAAAUAUUUGUCAAAGCAGUGUAUUUGGAGUGAAAGUUGUUUAAAGUUGACAGUUUUGUUAGUGGAGAUCAGGCUCUUGCUGGUGGUUUAAUUAUAAGAAAAAAAGUUGAAAUUCUUGCUUUUAAAAUGAAUUUCAAUGUAGUUGCUGUGUGGUAGGUUUCCAUUUUAAGUGUUUUAAUUGUAACAACUAUUGCAUGCUGGAAUUGUACGGUAGAAACGGCAGCCAGUGUUGUCAGCUCACAAUGUAGUAGUCUAGCGGAAUCAAAGAACAAUUAUUCAGAAAAUAAAAAGGGUCACGUAAUCGUUUUUGUGUGGAGAAUA